UUUUGUCAAUUGUGUCUAAGUUCUGUCCAUAUAAAUCGCACUGACCGUGUCGCAGGAUGUUCAUUUCUUCAGCAGCGAAUGUAACGAACGCUUUCAGACUUCAUUCUCUAUUACGUUAUUUUAAUGAUGUGAUGAACUUUGAUUUGUCGAACUUUUUUUCGAAGUGCUUUUUAUAAAUAAUAACAAUGAAGAUCCUAAUGAGAGCGGACACCCAUUACAGCAUCGCUGUAACCGGAGCAUAUGAACCGAAGUACACUUUUUCACAGGUUUUAGCUGCUAUUGCUGUAUCGAUGGGCUCCAUGAUUAUAGGAUUCUCGUCAGGUUACACUUCAACUGGUCUUGUUACAAUGAAGAAUAGCACUGUUAUAUCAGUCAGUAAAGAACAGGCUAGUUGGAUUGGAAGCUUGAUGCCUUUGGCGGCACUCGCAGGUGGAGUGAUCGGUGGACCCUUGGUGGAUUAUUUAGGAAGGCGUAGAACUAUACUACUUAUAGCUCCGCCAUUCUGCGUGGGAUGGAUAGUUAUAGCCAUAGCACACGUUGUCGAAUUGGUUUUUGUCGGGCGUGCUAUUUGUGGAUUAUGUGUUGGUGUGGGAUCUUUAGCCUUUCCGGUUUAUUUAGGGGAAACAAUCCAACCAGAAGUCCGAGGAACUUUAGGACUAUUCCCUACAGCAAUUGGUAACAUAGGUAUCUUAAUUUGUUACCUAGCUGGCACAUAUUUAGACUGGUCCGCGCUUGCAUUUCUGGGUGCUGCUAUGAACAUUCCAUUCUUUAUUUUGAUGUUCAUUAUCCCGGAGACACCCCGAUGGUAUAUUUCGCAUGGUCGCAUGGAAGAAGCUCGAAAAGCACUACAAUGGCUUAGAGGGAAAAAUUGUGAUAUCGAGAGUGAAAUUCGAGAGAUUGCAGUUUCAGACGCAGAGGCUCAAGCCGAUGAUGCAAGCAUACGAGAUCUUUUUAGCAUCAAAUAUACGAAGGCGAUACUUAUUUCUCUCGGUUUGAUGGCUUUCCAACAGCUUUCUGGUAUAAAUGCCGUCAUAUUCUAUACUGUGACAAUAUUUCAAAUGUCAGGAAGUUCUGUGGACGAAAACCUUUCAGCAAUUAUUGUAGGAAUCGUUAAUUUCGCUUCCACUUUUGUCGCUACGGCGCUAAUAGAUAGAGCUGGACGAAAAUUGUUAUUAUAUAUCUCUUCAGUGACCAUGACUAUUACUUUAAUUAUUUUGGGUACAUUCUUCUAUGUUAAAUACCAAGCAAAAUUAGAUGUAUCUGAUUUGGGUUGGUUACCACUGACUACCGUUAUGAUAUACUUGUUAGGAUUCUCACUGGCUUUCGGGCCAAUACCAUGGUUAAUGAUGGGUGAAAUUUUGCCAGCAAAGAUUCGAGGUAGCGCUGCUUCAAUCUGCACGGCAUUUAACUGGCUAUGUACAUUUAUUGUAACAAAAACAUUUCAGAACAUUGUUGAUGCGAUCAGCGCGGCGGGCACGUUUUGGCUCUUCGGGAGUAUUUGUUUUGUAGGCUUAUUCUUUGUUAUUGUUUGCGUACCAGAAACGAGAGGCAAAAGCCUUGAUCAAAUUGAAAAUAAAAUAACCGGUAGAGAAGAGAAACCCAGAACUCGUCGACUAAGCUCGAUAGCAAACAUUAAGCCUUUGCCAAACGGAUGCUAAGAAGAUGUUUUAAGCAUUUAUUAAUUGAAUAAAAUUAGCUUUAAAGUAGCAAUUAAUAACUUUUACUAUAUUCUUUUCACAAUUUUUAGGCAGUAAAAACGUUGUGUAGAAAAAGAUUUCUAUAAAAAAAUCUUAUAUCUAAUAGUACAAUGGUAUCAUACUUAGUUGUUGUAACUGGUUCUAUUGGUAGGUAGACUUUACGAGGAUUAUAAUUUAUGACAUGAAUGCCAAAGUAUUUUAGUAGUUUUUAUUGGGAAAUUAUUACAUUUAGUAACUAUUUAUAAUGAUUUUAUUUUGUAGUUUGUAUCAUACACUACUUCAUGUAAAAUACUAAGCUUUUUGGCAAUCUUAUAACAGAGUUUAAUCUAUGCCGUAAAGUUAAAAUCAUAAGUUACUUAUUUAGUUUGGUGGUAGGACCUCUUGUGAGUCCGCACGGGUAGGUACCACCGCCCCGCCUAUUUCUGCCGUGAAGCAGUAAUGCGUUUCGGUUUGAAGGGUGGGGCAGCCGUUGUGACUAUACUGAGACCUUAGAACUAUAUCUCAAGGUGUGUGGCGCAUCUACGUUGUAGAUGUCUAUGGGCUCCAGUAACCACUUAACAUCAGGUGGGCUGUGAGCUCGUCCACACAUCUAAGCAAUAAAAAAAAAAAAAAAUAGUUACUUAUAUUAGUUGUAAUAAAAAAUGUUUUUUUUAAACUUUAAUAUGAAAAUAAAUGGUAAGAUCUAAAGAAUAAAUUUCACUUAAUGGAAAGAGAGUCACAUCCUUAAAUUAUAAUUCGAACCAUUACAAUUCACAGAAUCAUUACAUUGAAGGCACUGUACUAAUCUCUUUUAAUCGAAUUGUGCCUAUGAAUAGAGUUAUAUGUACCUGCAAUUUCAAAUUUUAGAACUAACUAAGAAAACAAUAGUUAACUAUUAUUUUUACGAAACAAGGGGGGCCAGACCACAUGGAAUCUAUAUUGUACAGCUUUCAAACAUAUUGAUUUGUCGGUCCAAUGACUAUUAUUAUUUAUUUGUUUAAUUUGACAAGCACACAUAUUGAUAUGAAUUGUAAGUGUAACUAUGUUUCCAUUCAUGAAAGUUAGUAAACAGUUCAAGUUAAGAGGAGACAUAUUGGUAAUGUUCAAAAGUAUAUAGCCCACCCAGAACCAGGACAUGACCCAGGACCUAGGUGUUAUUAUGUUAUAUUAUGUUGUAUUAAGAGAGAAUUAUUAGAAUUAAAGAAAGUAUGAUCAAUC